AUGAAAAGGGGUCGGAACGCCAUCUAUGUCGUGAAGGAUUUUGACUGGUUCGACGUCGGUUACGCGAUAGGCGACCUUGUUUUGCAACGUUGCCAGCUCGAAGACGCUUUCUUCAUUAGCUCUCUACUGGAAGCGCCGCUUGAGCAGCUUCGGACUCGUGGAUUUCCUGUCGAUCGGAUACUCAAGCCCGUGCAGGUCGUUGAGCCGAGCCUUCCGUCGCCUACCACAUCUAGGCCAUUGCCUGAACAGGCUGACCAAGGGUCCACGAAAACAUCGGACCCCGGAGUCAUGAGUCGCGGAGACGGAAAAUCAAUACAGACCCCACCGAGGGUAGAGACUGCAAAACGCCAGUCAGGAUCGCCCACCAUUGCCACAAUUCCACCGAAGUCAGCAGCGGCCGAAGCUAGUGCUUCCGAUACGCCGCCUUCCGCAGCGCAGAAGAGUGGAUUUCGAGACAUUUUGAGUCAAAUGUUUCCCGAUGCGGAUGAAGAGUACAUUCAACAGCGGCUGGGUGCGAAUCCUUCGCUGGAGGACGUCCGUCUCGCCGCAGAGGCCAUGUCUUCCGGAAGCUAUCCGCGUAAGGAAGAGGAGGCUGCUCCGUUGGAGGACAAAUCGGACGAUACUACGGUGUCUACCACCACCAGCGAUCGAUUUCCGGAAGCGGACGUGCCGACUAAAAAGAGUCGGAACGGACUGCGGAAAAAGUUUGGUCGAGCAUUGGGGGGUUUCCGUGGAUCCAAUCCGAACGCAUCGGGGCCGUCACCGUCUGCGAAAAUACCUAGCGGUGUCAGUGUGCCGGCAGGCGAGUCGUUGGCUCGUCCGGGGCAAUCGGGACCGAGCAUGGCUGGUCCUUCCACCAGCCGUGUCAAGGAACCGCGACACAAUGUUUCACCCGCCGCGGACGCGGCGUCGCAAAAGAAUUUGGAAAGUAUGCUGCAACAUACGGUUGGACAGUCGGCGGCGGUGGAUCGCAACGGUCUCGAGGCGCCAGAGUCGCGUCUGUUGUCGGUCCCGGAAGAGUUGGAUCGUGGGGAAACGUGCGAAGCUAUUCCCGCGCAAUCGUUGUCUCCCUUUGCGGGUGCUAACGGAAGCGGGAAGUCGUCGAACGGCAUUCGGGUCUUUUUCGCGCGGGGAAAC